AUGCCCUCUCCAACUCAGUCCAACAAAAGGAAAAUCAACCAACAAAUGCUGACCCUACACCGAUCCGAUGCACUACCCAAGGCACUCUACUUCCAACUCAGAUCUUCUUCAGCCAAGUCACCUAUCCUAUUCGGACAACCCAAGAUACACAAGCCUAACACUCCUCUCCGCCCUAUCAUCUCCACCCGCGGGUCACCCUGCUACAACACAGCACGCCAUCUGGCCAACAUCCUCCAACCACUCGUAGGCCAGACCCAGCACCAUGCCACCAACUCCAAGCACUUCAUAGACGUCAUCUCCAAGACCAAGCUCCGGCCCUCCGACACACUCGUCAGCUUUGAUGUCGUCUCCCUCUUCACCAGCGUACCUGUAGACCAAGCAUGUGACAUCAUCAAGCAACGCCUGAUCACCGACUCAGACAUAGCAUCCAGAACCAAUCUCACACCAAACCAGAUCCACGACCUCCUCCUCGCCUGUCUCAACUCCUUCAAAUGGCGCAACAACUACUACAAACAACUACAAGGAGCAGCCAUGGGUUCACCUCUCUCACCAAUCAUCGCUAACAUCUUCAUGGAACAUUUCGAGCACCAAGCACUCAAGACUGCGGACAAACCUCCUUCACUCUGGCUCCGCUACGUCGACGACACCUUUGUCAUCUGGCGCACACACCCCAGCAUCAAGUUCACCAUGGAGACCCAACGCGACAACUCAAUUCCAAUUCUAGACGUUCUCAUCACUAAGACACCGUCUGGAUUCCCAUCUCACCAGGUGUACCGAAAACCUACCCACACAGACCGCUACCUCAAUUUCCGCUCACACCACCACCCAUCCGUCCACCAAUCCGUCGCCGACACUCUCGUCAGAAGAGCCCACCAACUCAGCGACAAGGCACACUUACAACAAGAACUCAAGCACGUGACCAAUGCACUAACCACCAUCAACCAUUACCCCAGAAGAAGGAUCAAUACUCAACCGUCCAGCCACCAACCCAGCACCAACAGCACCGAAAACCCAUCCGAAACCAAGCCCAUCACCACCAUAGUACUUCUCUACAUCGGCAAGACUUCACACCGACUACAACGCAUCCUUCACUCUGCCAACAUCCUCGUCAGACACCAAUCCUCUCGUAAGUUACACUCCAUCUUUCACUCUCACAAGGACAAGCACCCACCCAACAAGCAACCAGGUGUCUACAAGAUCCCCUGCGACUGCGGCAAAGUCUACAUUGGAGAAACCGGCCGAGACUUCGACACCAGACUCAAGGAACACAAGACCCACCACCGACGCAGCGACUGGGACCGAUCCGCCAUCGUCAAGCACGCACAACAAGAGAAUCACCGCAUAGACUGGGGCAAGAGCCACCUAAUCACCAACAUCCGGCACUGGAAUACCAGAAGGGUCAGGGAAGCCAUUGAGAUACAUCAACACAACACUGUGCCUCAAGACCCUGGCCUCCACAUCAACAGCAUCUGGCACCCAAUCCUACGCCACCACCAAACUUCUAACCAAUCCAUAAGCAACCCGCCGUCCACCGUCACCCCACCAAGCUCUCCUACCCAACACAGCAGUCCUUUUGCAUCACCAACUCAACCAGUGACUUUGCCGACGCACACACCGCCGCUACCGACACCUCGCUACAACCUCCGCCGACGACCCAACACCUCAUCCAUACACCAGGCCACCCACUCACUCCCGCCGAAGCUUGGCCGACGAGUCCGCCGACCAUUACGCACAGAACGCCACCACUGA